AUGCUCGUAAUACCCUCCACGCAGGGGGGCCAGGAUUCCGGUGCUGGUGGUGGUGGUGGUGGUGGUGGUGGUGGCGGACAGUGGAUGGCAGUGGUGGGCAGGGGAGCUGGAGCCAUGGGAGCUCGUGGUAUCCGAGAUCCCAGCUCCCAGCUCCAAGCUCCGAGAUCGGGAGCUUCGAACUGGAGAAUCGGAGAACUGGAGAACUGGAUAACUGGAGAGCCGGACAGCAAGAGACACCUCGCCAAUGACCUGCGCACGGACCAGAUGGAGAUGGGAAUCGAGAUGGAGGUGGAGAUGGAGAUGGAGGUGGAGAUGGAGGAGAAGAUGGUGAUGGCGCUGGAGGUGGAGGAGGAGGAGCGGCGAUCGAGAUGGGCUAUCCCCGAUCCCUCCUGUUUUGUGCCACAUUUCGUGGCCCUACAUCCUGCACUCUGCGAUGGCCUGCGAAACGAGUUUGUGCUCUGA